CUCAUGUAAAGGUGCCAAUCUCUCUUAACUAUUCCUCACGGCCUGAUGUCUUGCUGCAUGGACUAUGCUGUCUUGAGACGAAGAUUGCGGCAUCCUUGCCAUACGCUUUUGAUUUCGUGAGCAGCAGAAACGAGUGCGUGUCACCCACCAGCCGAAGCCUAAACCACUCCACGUUCCUCUGUUUCCUUUCAUCAGCAAAACCAACCUACAUGAGAUCGCUCGUCAUCAGACCCAAUAGAUUUCGAUUACUUCCGCCUCCCUAUUAACCACUCCACUGACCUUCUCCUGCAUAUAAAUAAAUGCUCACGGAUGCUGUCUUCUGAGCCAACUGCGAGAGGUGUCGAAGUCUGGUCAUCACCAUGGCGCUGGAGCUGCAGAGCGAGUCGAUGGACUACCGGACCGAGCUCCUGUCUCCUCUGAGGGAGGAAGGCGACUCGGCAGCGGCGAUGGUGGCGGCCACACCGAGCUGGAGGCUUAACGUGAACGACUUCGCGAUACAGGAGGCGGCCAAAAAGGACCCGCCGCUGGCUUCCAGAGUGUUGCGGAGAUUCCAUGGCAAACACAGAAAAAUUGCAAAAUACUACAAGAAGCAAGGAAAUCUCCUCCAGGGAUUCAGUGAGAUGGAAACCAUUGCUGAAUUAGGCUGUCUAGCCGGAGCUCCCACACAGGAAGAGAGAAAAGACUUGGCCAAAAGUGAAAGGCUUGCCAUCAACCUCUCAAACAUAGCCAACUUAAUCCUCUUCGCAUCCAAAGUAUUAGCAUCGAUCGAAAGCAAAUCCCUGGCGGUGAUCGCUUCAACUCUGGAUUCUCUUCUGGACCUUCUCUCAGGAUUCAUCCUUUGGUUCACCGCAUAUGCCAUGAAGAAGCCUAACCAGUACAGCUACCCCAUCGGCAAGAACCGAAUGCAACCUGUGGGCAUUGUUGUUUUCGCUUCUGUGAUGGGCACUCUUGGUCUCCAAGUCUUGUUAGAAUCUGGCAGACAACUCAUCACGAGGGAACACCCUACCUUCGAUCAUGCAAAAGAGCUAUGGAUGGUGGGCAGCAUGUGCUCUUCUGCAGUCGUCAAGUUCUUCCUCAUGCUUUACUGCCGUAGCUUCAAGAACGAGAUCGUGAGAGCUUAUGCACAGGAUCACUUCUUCGAUGUCAUCACCAACUCCAUCGGUUUAGUAGCUUCUAUACUUGCAGUCAAAUUCUACUGGUGGAUGGACCCAAUCGGUGCUAUAUUGAUAGCCGUGUAUACGAUCUGCUCAUGGGCGAAGACGGUGGUGGAGAACGUGUGGCUGUUGAUAGGAAGAACGGCGCCGCCGGACUUCUUGGCGAAGUUGACGUACCUCAUCUGGAAUCACCAUCAACAGAUCAAGCACAUCGACACGGUGAGAGCGUAUACGUUCGGGUCGCACUACUUCGCGGAAGUGGAUAUAGUGUUGCCGGCGGAAAUGCCGUUGAGUCAGGCGCAUGACAUCGGCGAGACGCUGCAAGAGAAGGUGGAGCAGCUGCCGGAAGUGGAGCGUGCGUUCGUGCACAUCGACUUCGAGUUUACUCAUAGGCCGGAACACAAGCCCAAGCAGUAGCAGUGAAUGAUGCGUCUCUCAGAUGCAUCCGUAGAGAAUAAGCAAAUCAAGAAUUAAUUGUCUGCUUCAGAAAUUGUCUUCUCGACAUGUAAUAAUUUGUGUGGAAAAAGUAUACAUCAAAUGAAUUUUGGGUGAAUUCUUCGUC